UCGAGUGGCUCCGGCCGGGACGCUGCCCCGCGCCCGCAGCGCCGAGACCCGGCCGCGCCUUGCGCCCCGCCGUGAGGGGGGAUCGCGGGCAGAGCCGGGCAGCGUCACUGCGAUGGAGCCCGCGGAUGUAUGACAACAUGUCCACAAUGGUGUAUCUAAAAGAAGAGAAGUUGGAGAAGCUUACCCAAGAUGAAAUUAUUGCUAAGACAAAGCAAGUGAUUCAGGGACUGGAGGCACUGAAGAAUGAACACAAUUCAAUUUUACAGAGCUUACUUGAGACACUGAAAUGUUUGAAGAAAGAUGACGAAACUAAUCUGGUUGAAGAAAAAUCAAACAUGAUUCGAAAGUCACUAGAAAUGUUGGAACUUGGACUUAGUGAAGCACAGGUGAUGAUGGCCUUGUCAAAUCACUUAAAUGCAGUGGAAUCGGAGAAGCAGAAAUUGCGAGCUCAAGUUCGCCGGUUAUGCCAGGAAAAUCAGUGGCUGCGGGAUGAACUAGCCAAUACCCAACAAAAAUUACAGAAGAGUGAGCAGUCUGUGGCUCAGCUGGAAGAAGAGAAGAAACAUCUAGAAUUCAUGAAUCAGUUAAAAAAAUAUGAUGAUGAUAUUUCUCCAUCAGAAGAUAAAGACACGGAUUCCACCAAAGAACCCCUGGAUGACCUUUUCCCCAAUGACGAAGAUGAUCAAGGGCAAGGAAUCCAACAGCAGCAUAGCAGUGCAGCAGCAGCUGCCCAGCAAGGUGGUUAUGAAAUUCCAGCAAGGUUAAGGACCCUUCAUAAUCUCGUUAUCCAGUAUGCUUCCCAAGGCAGAUAUGAGGUUGCUGUACCACUCUGUAAACAAGCACUUGAAGAUUUGGAGAAGACUUCGGGUCAUGAUCAUCCUGAUGUUGCUACAAUGCUAAACAUACUUGCUUUGGUAUACAGGGACCAGAACAAAUACAAAGAUGCAGCAAAUCUUCUGAAUGAUGCCUUAGCAAUUCGUGAGAAGACUUUGGGCAAAGAUCAUCCAGCGGUGGCAGCUACUCUAAACAAUCUUGCAGUGCUUUAUGGUAAACGGGGAAAGUACAAAGAAGCUGAACCUUUAUGUAAGAGAGCUUUGGAGAUCAGAGAAAAGGUCCUGGGGAAGGAUCACCCAGAUGUUGCCAAACAGUUGAAUAACCUGGCCUUACUGUGCCAGAACCAGGGUAAAUAUGAAGAGGUGGAAUACUACUACCAACGGGCACUUGAGAUUUACCAAACUAAACUGGGGCCCGAUGAUCCAAAUGUAGCAAAAACAAAAAAUAACCUGGCAUCCUGCUAUCUAAAACAGGGCAAGUUUAAGCAAGCAGAAACUUUAUACAAGGAGAUUCUUACUCGUGCACAUGAACGCGAAUUUGGUUCUGUAGAUGAUGAAAAUAAGCCCAUCUGGAUGCAUGCUGAGGAGAGGGAAGAAUGCAAAGGAAAACAGAAAGAUGGCACAUCUUUUGGAGAGUAUGGUGGCUGGUACAAAGCUUGCAAAGUAGAUAGUCCAACAGUAACAACUACCUUAAAGAACCUUGGGGCACUUUACAGACGUCAAGGCAAAUUUGAAGCUGCUGAAACAUUAGAAGAGGCAGCAAUGAGGUCUCGUAAACAGGGUCUUGACAAUGUUCACAAACAGAGAGUUGCUGAAGUCCUAAAUGACCCUGAGAGCAUAGAAAAAAGGCGAAGCCGAGAGAGCCUCAACGUUGAUGUGGUAAAGUACGAGAGUGGGCCUGAUGGAGGCGAGGAAGUGAGUAUGAGCGUAGAGUGGAAUGGGGAUGGCACUGGAUCUUUAAAGCGCAGUGGUUCAUUUAGCAAACUUCGUGCUUCAAUUAGACGCAGCAGUGAGAAGCUGGUUAGAAAGCUGAAGGGAGGAAGUUCACGAGACAGUGAACCAAAGAAUCCUGGCAUGAAGCGUGCCAGUUCUCUGAAUGUUCUUAACAUGGGUGGCAAGGCUACUGAAGAUCGUUUUCAAGAACGAAAUAAUUGUCUGACAGACUCAAGAGCGCUGAGUGCCAGUCACACUGAUUUGGCACGUUGAGGUUCUUGGACAGAAGCUAGCUAAAAUUCCUUUGUGAAUAAAGAAGCACUGAGACUCAAAGCUUUGGUUCCUCCUCACUUACUAUAGGAACAUCUAGUUCAUAGACUCUGUUGCAAUGGACUCUUGUUUUUACUUUUCUAAACAGUGACUAUUUUAAAUAUAGCGUUAGGGAAUAUUUUCUUCUAAAGAAAACGUAUAUAUUGCUCGUUGCACUGCUAUCAGUCAUGUUACUUACACUGAUUUCUGUUAACAGAUCUGAAUUUCACAGCAGUCAGAAAUUGGAAAAAGACAACUCUUUAAAAUGCAUUAACAUGCAACGGAGUAUAACAGCUUCCAACUGAUAUUUGAAAACACAGUAAAAAUGGAAUAUGUAGCAGUAAAUUUAUAUAGUGCUGGGACAAGAAAAGUAUAAAUGUGCGCAUUGCUGUAUAAAUUCCCAGUUGUGUGCUGUACUGCUGGGGGGCUUUCCCUUGCAUCACUGAUGGUCUUCACUCUAGAUACUUCAUGUAAAAAACAGAGCUGAAACAUGGGUUCCUUAACCAACAGGUCUAGAUGCUACAUUUUGUCACCAAAACGGUUAGCUACCUUCACUCCUAGAAGGCAUAUACAGCAACACCACUAGCUUUGAAAUGCACUUUUGUUGCAGAUUUUAAAGUAAUCAAUGGGGGGAGAGUACUGUAUAGGUUGUUCUGAUGGGGGGGCGGGGGGCGGAAUAAUCAUUAUAACCUAUAUUUCGUACAGUCAGUGCAUAUUUAGGCUUUGGGUUGCAACUGUCCCAGAGCAGCUGCUGCUGCUAAGAUAAACUUCCCUGACUCAGGUUGCUAACUCUUUUCUUGCCUGUCCACUGGCGUUCUUAACUCUUAGCAGCCUUGUUGGGCUGGAAAUGCUCCUAAUUUUUCUCUGAUGAUCAAAGGCUUGCCUCUUCCUGUUGAUGGCACCAGGAGCAAAUGAAGCAGGUGACUCUAGGCUGUUAUACUGUGAAGAGGACCACUUGUAAAACUCUGCUGAUGUUUGUUUAAGACAUUUGGGGCCCCACUGAAAGCAUCACGGCUUUAUCUAGUGGACAGAUCACACUUUUGAUCACCCACCCUUGGUUUUUUCUAUAUGCAAUGAAUAGAUAUGUUGUCUGCAUAUUGGAUUGCUGCUGGAACAGAGUAUAGAACAUCAAAGUAUUUUGUAGACUAACAUUUUUGGUUUUGUUUUUCUAUGAAACGUGAUUUUUAAAUCAAAACAUUUAAGUUUUCAUCUUUUGCAAAGUUUUGCUACUUACAUGCAAGUUGGAGGAGAAAAUAAAUGUGUGUCUGUAUUUGUAAGUAUAGUUACGGAGCUGGAAAGUACAGAACAAAAUUAACAUUGGGGAGAAGUUGGAAUGCUAUGCCAAGAUAAGCCUAGCACCAAGGGAAAUGGGAUAGAAGGUGGCAACAACGUGUAUUUGUUUCGCUGUGAAACAGUCAUUAGAAUGAGAACUUUUUAAAUGUAAAAAUUUGACCAAUUUGCAUCUGGUUUUAAAAUGUACAAUGGCUGAUGCGAAAAGCUGUGUAUGUAAUGCACUUGACUGUGUACCAUGAGGUACUUCCUAAGCAUCUCUAAAGAAAAAACUGUUAGGUAAAGGGUAUGCUCACCAUGAAGACUGUUUUAACAUGCUGAGACAUGAUGCUGCUAAUGCAUAGAGAGUGUAGUGCAGAAUAGUGCAAUUCAUUGAUGAACCUGAGGGAGAACAAGUUGUUGCUCUACUCUUUUAGACAUAGCUAAAGGGGACUUGAGUUUUUUAAAAUUUUUAAAGAGGUUUUUAUAUAUUUGUUUUCCUUUUAGUAAUGUCUCAAACAUAUUUGUGGAUGAAUUCAAUGAUCUGCUCAAAGUCUGAAUGUCCAGCUCUGUAGGACUUGCUAGGCUGGGCAGACCUCCGGGAUGGGCAGAUGGACAUCUUUCCUGUCGUGUACUAGUUGCACAGGCUCACAGCAGAGAUCUCCACCCAGUUGCUGUCUGUCCUGUGGUCUGGAACGCCCUGUCCCUUUGGCAGUAACUGAGGGGUUUCUGGUGCGGUGGCACCUAAAAAGCUGUUGUUCCAGCACCUGCACAAAGCCAGUCCAGUAGGAGUGGCACAGGGGAGAGCCUUGCUCAAGUCAUUUACACAGAAUAAGAUGUUUCAGUCCUGUGAAGAGCCUCUAUAGGAGCCUGACUUCCUAGAAAUUGAGCUAGUCUGACCCAAACAAGUCAUUUCUCAGUGCAAUCUAAGCACUUGCUUCCAAGCCUUUGUCUUUCAAAUCUGAAUGAAAAUAGUUUUGAAACCUCUUAUCACAACUGGAAUUUGUGUAAAUAGAAAUUGUUAGAUGUAUUUAAACAUAGGUUGGGCUAGCAAAAAUAGGACUAUUUUUAUGCUUUUGACAACUGACGGCUGUAGUACGGAGUUUCGAGUGUGGGGAACCUUGUUAUUUUAGGUUUUUAAAUAGCCCUUGUCCUCCUGAGCUUUCAAAUGUCUGGAGUGCUUACAAAGAAUUCUUGCAGGGGAUGAUGAGCAUAAAAUGUUGGCCUGUAACCCAUCAGACAAAACCGCUCCUGCGUCUGUUUGCAGAAGUGUGUAAUUCUUGCUCAUGCCCAUGUUCAGAGACGCAUGAAUCUCAAGGCACCGUUCUUUCUUAGCACACAAACCCCUAUAACAGUAGCCAAAUGAGAGAAACUGUUGAACAGCAUUACAGUGUUCAUCUUAAGCCAAUAUGCUACUUGCAGGUAAGAGAACUUUGUAAAGUCUGAAAAUAGAUCUUAGCCUCAGUUUCUUCUUGUGUUUAAAUUAUUAAAAACUUACACAUCUAUUCUGAGUGGCUGUCUGAAUUUACCUGGUUCGGGCAGGAACAUUUCCAUUUUCAGUUUGUUAUAUUCCCUGCCUUGCUCCGGUUCUAGCUGACCCCAUGAUGGAUGCCUGUGUUGUGACUGGAGGAUGGUUCCUGGAUCUUGCUGACCAAAAGCGAAUAGUUAGACCCUCUGAAUUGAAUGAAGUAGAGGGAAGGUGCGAACCCUGUGCAGCACUUCCCUGCCCUGGUCCCUGCUUGCUCAGUACAGUGGGGUCAACUAAAAAAUUGAAUAUGGAUCAUUUUAAAGAGGGCCAGUUUCUUCUAAUUCUUCCUAUGCUACAUCAGAGUUGUUUCUUCUUAGGAUUUAAGUUAUGAAAGUAUCAGACAUAAGAGAUUAAUGAUCCAAAGGUGCUCCUCACCCCUGCAUCUUUCCUGUCAUAUACUAGUUGCUAGCAGUACUGCCAGCAUUUUUCUUGAGUUAAGAUCUAACGAAAUACUGUAAAUGUGGCAGUCUUUCUCAUAACUGUUAGCUUCCUUUUGGGAUUUUUGAUCCAACAAAAGGUUUUAUUUACCAUUGAUCCUCAGCAAAGCAUUUAAAACAAACCGUGGAAGACCAGAUUUAGAUACCUUCUCGUUGCACUGCUUUUUUUUUUUUUUUUUUUUGGUUACUUUUAUAGCUAAAUGAUGGUAAUUCACGAAGGUUAAAGCUUGACAAAUAUCUAUGGUUAAACUGUACAGUUAAUUCCACUGAUUUCGAAAACAGGAAACAAGGUAUGGCUGCGUUUUGUGUGUGUGUUGUUAAAUGGGGCAGGCAGCGAUUCUCCAAAAGUGUGUUUGUGGGGUGAUGGGUUCAAAGCGCACAGUUUAGGUUUUGUUACACAAGUCAUUGACUUAGAUCUGAAAGCUGCUAGGAGUCGAGUCGGGUUCUUGUAUUUCCACGGCUGCCGAAACUGAAGGAAUACGAACCGCGCGGAAGGUGAGAUGUUUACAGUUCUGUUGUACAGACUUUGCAUAUCGUACAAAUGCACAUUUGAAAUAUUGAUACAGAUGCUCUUUUAAAACUGGUUAGUUUGGGGGGAAUUGUGACGCUUUAAACUCGAUUACUUUGGGGCAUUUGCUGCCUCAGUACUUCAAAUGGUAAUAAUCAUCGGGGGGGGGUUGUUAAAGGCCUUUACAAGGCUAACUAGUCACCCAUGCAUGCAUGAAUUAAGCUCAGAAGGUCUAAGGUACAUGCUUUUGAGAAAAUGAAGGCUUGUGUUGAUAGACAAAUGGCAAAGCUGUUUAUAUCCCAUUAAUUUGUUAUAGCCUCCAGAUAAACAGUAUUAAAAAAUUAUAGCUAAAUUUCAGUUAUCGCUAUAGCUACGUCUUAGCACUGAAAUGACCUAGGACUGUAUAUUUGGAAAUUUAAUUAUACAACAGCAAAAGCCAAAUUAGAUUUGAGUUGCAUACAGUUUGGGAUAAACAUGGUGAAAACUUCUAAAAUAAAAAUGAGAAAUCUUUGGGGUCUCUACAUUCAUCGGAUGUGUUGUUCUUGAAUUUAUGGCUGCGAGUGUUUGUUUUCUUUUUAUUUGAAAUGUAUGUAAAUGUCUUGCAGAAUUUGGAGACUAUAGUACAAUAGUCAAACAGAGCUGAGGCUCUAUGAGAUCACAGAGUAUUUUGUGUAUCUGUGGGAUGAGAGAUCGAUAGCAUCCUGAAGGAUAAUUAUGGCACUUUUUCUUUUUAGGAAGAACUGACAAAGAUUUUUAGUUUUCAAAUGUGUGGACUGGAUUUAUAAAAACAAACGAAAGAACAGAAAACCCACCUAGUUUAAAAUCUUCCAAGACUGAUUUCAGGGCUUUGUAUCUCAGUCACUGAGUAUCUUACCCUUUGUUACAAGUGCUGAAGGAGAACAGGAUUCUGAAUUCAGCUGAGAAGAGAUAAGAACUAAAAAGCUUCUUUAAAAAAAAAACCUUAAAUGUAAGAGCAGUAAUUCACUGAGAUUUAAACACAGAACUUGGUAUGAAAUAAAAAUUGAGGCUUUUUAGCCAGCUCUAUUGUGUGUGUCACAUUAGUUUUGUAAUGCACUUUUCCUUACGACCAUCAUUUUCUUUGCAGAGAACAAUAAUUUUGUCUUGCUGUUCUAGUUUUCAAAAGCAACCUGUUCCAAGAAGUGCAUAUUGUGUUUUCUUUGAACGCCUCUUGUUUGUAUCUUGUUACAGAGUUGUGGUCUGAUUUGAAGCUGUUUAGACAUUUCUAAAGUGUUGUGUAGCAUUUAUUUGCAAAGUGCAAAAAUAAAAUAUUUAAAUAGAGUCUUAACAAUAGUUCUAUAUGCUAAAUUGGGCAUAUUUGUGCAUUUUCGAAUGUAAAUCAUGUAAAGCACGUAGUGUGGACUUUUCCUGUACAGAAGCAAACCUCAGUUGUGAAACCCAAAGAUGAAUAAAGUUGUAUGAAGGGAAGGUU